CGCAUCACUAAGCGCUGUAAACAUCGUUUCCAUCGCUCAGUUUUCUUCUCUAAUCUCGAUAUUACUCGUUCAUCGGUCAGUAGAAAAGAGUUUUAAUUUGAAGGCCACAUCCUCUGUCUUCCGGUCUCAUCCUUUCUAACUCUGACAGCUGGAGGCAUCUGUCCGCGCGCACCCAGCCAGCCAGCCAAGACGCGCACCCUCUCUCCGGUCAUAUCCGCUGCCCACAGGCUAGAAGACGCCAAUUAGAAAAGCAGGAGCGAGUUACGCGCACUUACUGAACUUCACCUGUUUUGGUUUUUCUCUUCUGGAACCCCCCCUCUGUCCUCUGUCACGAUUCCUCCCCAGAGCCGCUCCUCGGGUUUUUUAUCUUCCAUUGGUCCCCGAACGGCGCGGAGGAAGUGGUCCGUGGUGUUUCUGGUGACCGCCGUCGCGAUGGUUUUGUUAGUUCUCGCCAUCGCUGUCCCAUUACUGCUGAUCCGCACCUCUAAAACCACCGCUCAUUACUAUGAGAUGAUGGGCACCUGCCGGAUGGUUUGCGACCCGUACAGUCCCAAACCGGGAGGCGCCACGGCCAUGGAGGUGAUCCAGAACCUGAACGGGGCGGCUCCGCUGCCGCCGAUGGCGCAAGGGAGCCGCGGGGAGCCAGGGCGACCGGGUAAACCGGGACCCAGGGGCCCACCGGGCGAACCGGGACCCCCUGGUCCCAGGGGCCCACCGGGAGAGCGCGGCGACGUAAAACUAUCCUUCCCUGCGCUGACCGGAGGUGCGGGGGGUGACAACGGCGAGACAGAGGUAGCCAACGCCACUGCGAGCGGUUUCAGGAUCGCUUUCUACGUCGGUCUGAAAAAUCCGCACGAAGGAUAUGAGGUGUUAAAGUUUGACGACGUGAUUACAAACUUGGGGAACCACUACGAUUCGAGCACCGGGAAGUUCACCUGCCAUGUGUCCGGGAUCUAUUUCUUCACUUAUCAUGUGCUGAUGCGGGGAGGAGACGGGACGAGCAUGUGGGCCGACCUGUGCAAGAACGGGCAGGUUCGAGCCAGUGCCAUAGCUCAGGAUGCAGACCAGAACUAUGACUACGCCAGCAACAGUGCUGUACUGCAUUUGGACUCUGGAGAUGAGGUCUACGUCAAGCUCGACGGCGGCAAAGCUCAUGGUGGAAAUAAUAACAAAUACAGCACCUUCUCUGGCUUUAUCUUAUACCCCGACUAAUCACGCUGCAGCACAUCCUUGGACAGUCACUGAAUAUAGUUUACAGUAAAGAAUAUGAUCAACUCGGUUUCUGUUCUUUUGAAUAGGUGCAACAUUAGUGGCUUUAUCUGCAACUUGUUGUUCUGUUACUUCAGUCAAAGAUCCUUUUUGUAUAUUUAUUUGAACUUAAGUUCACCUGGAGGUUGCUGUCAUUAGUGCGUGUGUGAUACCUUAGUGUGAAGAAACAAAUGCUCCAGAUAAUUUAGACCAUCCCUGGGAGAAAAUAUUACCUGAGCUCCUUUCUGAAAUGCUAUGGCGGCAACAGGUCUGAAGACGUAAAGCUAACAACUGGAUGCUUACAGGCUGAGAGGGUCUUCUGAAGCCACAUGUGUGUUAAAAGUAUGCAGUAUUUCGAAGACAAUAUGAAGAAAUCAAGAUGUAAACUGAAUGUCAGAUAAGCAGUUUUCAGAGUAUAAAUUAGCCAGUAAUGUUUGCCCUUGUGGCCUGUCAAUAGCAGCAGUGAAAACAUUCAUGGCAAAAUCAAUCCAUUCAGUGAGUUCUGACCUUUCAGGGAGCUGGAGGGGGAAAAGAAGGAAGCUGCUGUAGUUUUAUUGUACUGUCCAGCUUUAUUUAACUUCCUCUAAUAGAUUAUGAGCAAAACUCAAAAAUCAUAGUUUGUGGAAACUUAAAGGGGAUAUCUCAUGUUAAUUUUCAGUUCCAUAUUUUAGUCUUGCAUUCAAGUAGAGUAGAUUUGCAUGAGUCACAGUUAAAACCAAUUCUUAUUUAUCAAAUAUUGGGCCUUAAUGCAGCCUCUCAGUUCAUCCUCUGUUUGAAAAAACUCACUUUACCUACUUUCCAACUCCCCUUAAAACACCUUUCUUCUGGUUUGUGUGCCUGUGAUGGUCAUAUUAGGAACAUCCUUUCUGUAGGAUAUCAUACCAAUCCAAGAAUAGAGCAAACUGGCAGAAAUAAAGCAUUUAAAGCAAUCUGAAGUCCAAAGUCUAAAUUUUGGCUCACUUGAACAAGUUUAGCACACUUACAACAAAAAAGUUAUUUUGUUGACUGAGCUUCCCCACUAGCUAGCUAUAGCUAUCAGCUAGCACGCGCAGAAGUUUAUAAAUAUACUUUCCCCAAAUUCAUUAAAAUUCUUUGUUGAAUAAAAUUAUGCAUAACCACAAGGGAAUAUUACGUCCAUAAAAGGCAAAGGGCCCAGAUGAAAUAUAAAGAUUUUUUGACUGAGUUAUGCUAACACAUCCCUGGCUAGCUAGCAUAACUGUAGCUAGCCCACCAGAUAAAACAGUUUACCCAUACUUCUGUUCAUGUAGGUCUAAGGGCUUGUGAGUAGUUUCUACAAGUUUCUAAAGUGACAAAAACGGUUCCACCAAACCAGGUGCUUGGGAUCAUACUGACACACUGUUAUUUCCUUCUGUCCUUAUUUCUUUUCCCCCAUUGCUAACAAUCAAGCACAUCACCACCAGUAUGCGUGGGUAAUUGGAGCAGCAACUUAAAAGUAAGGUGUAUAUUUUUUUCAUAUCCAUCUUUAAACAAUAAUAAGGCAUCAAUAUCCAUGACAAAACUUUUUUUUUCUUGGCGUAUUAAACCAUUGGCUUUCAAAUGUGGUUUCAGUGUAAGUGAUGGAGGAACUAAAUACAAAGUAUAAAGCAAAACGUCAUGUUCAGGAGUCGUAUACCUGUUUGUGCUUUAAUUUUCCAUUCAAGAGUAGCACAGAAAGAUGUUAAAGAGACAGACGAAUGAAGUGUGGUACUAAAAGAGUGCAAAUUUUGGAGGAGAUGUUGCGAUUGUGUGGCUAUGGAAAGCUGCCACGGACGUAUCCAAUAAUGUUUAGCUGGGACAGGAGGAAAUGUUAAAGUCAUUUCUUUAUUCAUAUGAGCAUUGUUUUAAGAUAGUCUUGAAAAAAAAUAUUCAUCCUUAAAAUGGGACUGCAGUACAUUUAACUCUUCAGUCAGUGGAAACUACCAGAGCUUAAAGACAUGGAAGACAUUCACUGUAACAAGGAAAUCUGUGGUGCUUUGAAUAGUGUCCAGCGUCUUACAAAGUAACCAAUCACCACACGUGAAAGAUACACAUGGAUGUCUCACGUCCUUACUGAAUCUGUUCUGUUCUCCUCUCAUUGACAUCAAUAAAUACUGUU